UGGUACAAGGCUGUUGUGAAUAGCCUUGUACCAUGUGACCUCUGUGAUCAUUCACAGAUUUCACACAUAGUAAGCAAUGAUGUCACAAGUGACAUCUUGCUUACUACUUUGCAUGUGAUCACUGAUUGGCCAAUCAGUGAUCACAUGAUCGGGACCGAGGUCCCGUCCGACGAUCAGUGUUUCAAUGUGUCCGGAGGACACAGCGGGCACCGGAUCGCGGUGCUGCGCGCUCCCAGGGAGCGCAUACAGCUAGAAAAGGCGGGUGCCGUUUAUGAACGUCAACCCGCCCCUGGACUGCCACCGCCCUGCCGUUUAUAAACAGCAGGCCGGGUGGGAAGUGGUUACAG